CCCGGCGGGGGGCGCUGGGGACCCGGGGCCUCGUCUCGAACCUUCCUCGGGGGGGGUUGGCGACUUCUCCGGGCAGCCCCUCUUUCCCUCCGUCGUCUCUGGCUGCUCUGUCGAGGGCCCCGCGGGGCCUGCGGUGCGUGUCGCUGCGGUCGGAGCGCGGACGUCCCUUGUGCAAACGCCGUCGCCUCUGCGCCGCUCGCCCCCUUCGGGGUCUGUCCUCCUCCUGCCGCGGGGUCCCCAAGGCCUCGGUGGAAUCCAGAGCCGAGGACGGAGUGGAGCAGAAACAAGGGACAGCGCCUUGAAGGGAAUUGCUUGUUGCAAGGGGUUGCAAGAGCUUGCAAAGGCGCGAACGACCAGGUUUCCUAGAGCUGUUACUAAGUAGCAACCCGGGUUCAACGUUGCACCCCGUGUGCAACAGACUGAGCGUCCUUCGCUCGCGCACGCGCAGACGGUCGGCUUGGGCCUCCUCCAGAGACUGGCAAGUAGCGUGGAAAACGGAUCUGGGGGAAAGCACGCAUUUAUGUUCAUGCACGAGUGUCCAGUUUAAGUUGGAGAGGUCGCAGAAGCCCCCAAAGUGGCAUUUUUGCAAAGACUUCAGUUCAUUCAUUCAAUAACUAUUUUUGAGCACCGGUUGGUUCCACAUGCUGGGGAAAUAGCAGGGAGCAAAAUGAAUCCCUGCCGUUGGGGAGUUUGCAUUCUGGUGGGAUUCGUGAGUUUUGGGAUUCAUGGAUUUAGGCCCAGGUGAAAGAUUAGGAAGAGAGAAUUGCAGAUAGGGAUACUGCACAAGUCCCAAGUCGUGAAAGAAGUGAUUUUUGUUUUGUUUUGCUUUUCCUGUUUCAGUGUUUGGGGGGUUUUUUUGGCGGAGGUGAGUGAUGGGAGAUUGUAGUCAAAAAGAAUACUUGUGUCAAGUUUCAGAUUUUGCUGGCUCAAGCUGAAGAUACUUGAGGUUGAAGAUCUAAAUGAAAUGGAUAUAGAACGUUGGAAAAGAUCGUCAGUGUAAAUGCCAAAGUUGUUAAAGAUGAUGGCAGGGGGAGAAGAGGAAGGUGAACUUGGUGCCAGUGUUGUAUACGUUAGUAACGGUGAAGGUGCAGGUGUGGAUUUCAAGAGGAGACGUUGACAUGUGGUGGUCUUGGAAUAUUUUUCUAAAAGCAGCAAUAUAAAGUAAGGUCUCCUUAGACGUCUGUUUGCUCGUUGAGGGGAAACGAGUCAAAGGAACACGAUUUUGGAGAAGGUUUUAAGGGAGGCGAUGUCUUUGGGGAGAACCAUAAAAGUAACAGAAAAGAAGUGCUUCAGGGAAAAGUGGAACAUACAGAGAAUGUGUUGGUAAUGGGCAGGGGGUCGAAGAUGAUUGGCAGCUAGCAAGGAAGUUAGUGUGAGAGGGAGGAGGGCUGAGCUGAACGAGAGUGCUGGCGGGAUUUGCAAGGGGCAGCUUGUUUGUACCUUAAAGCAGCCAUGGUGUAUAAGAGGGAAAGUGGAAACUAAAACUUGCUUUUCUUAUUUAUUCCAUGAGUAAAAGAACCGAGCAUACUUCCAUAUAUAUGUGUUUAGUCAUCAAUUAUAUACCGACUCUGUUAUCCCCCUGUAUACAAGUAGCUUUUUUAAAUAAUAAAAUUAAAUAGAAAUUUUAAUAUUUUUUCUCUCGUAUUGCACUGCAGGGGGCACUGGUCUAGUGGUGGGAUAUGUUAGUAAUUUAGGGCAAGGGCACAAAGCCCGUUGAGUUUGAUAAUUGCAGGAUCAUGUAAAAAGAACUGACUCCAGGGUUCCAAUCAGAAUGUUGGUGACUUCUGUAGUCACCUGCUGACUCUGACACCUCAUCUGUGACUGUAGAAAUACAUAACAAUGAAUACUCUGCUUCCAUUUUUCAGCACGGAAAUUUCAAGUAAUGGUUUUUCUAACACAUUAUUACAAGGAUUAUUCUAGGUAUCAACCCUUUUCUCGGUACCCAAUAAAACAGGAUAAGUGAACUACUAUGGCCUUUAGCUAUGUAAAAUUAGAUCCACAGAAAGAUUAGGCUGUCUUCCCCUUGUGCAUCUGGAAGAGUGGCAGGUUUAGCCUUUUAAUCGUGGAAAUUUUAUUGAGGAGAUAUUUUUUCCUCAGAACGUGUAUGGUGACCAGUCCUGUGAGUAAAUUUAAAAAUAACCUCUCUGUACCUCUCAUUAUGUAGAGGUGAUGUAUGUGAUAAUACGAUAUGAAGAGGUGACAGGCUGCUUCUCAGUUUUUUUACGUUCUUACUAAUACAACAGUUUGAAAUGAGGUUCCUUUUUCAUUCUAGUGUUGGCCUUUCGACCCCUUUUCAUGGAUGAUUCAGGUGAUAUUUUACUACAGCACAGAAUUUGGCAAUAAUUUUGAGGUUAUCAAGUGUUUGCAAUGGCUGCCUCUGUGAACUUGGAACUUGAUCCCAUAUUUUUGAAAGCGCUGGGUUUCUUACAUUCAAAGAGUAAAGAUUCUGCUGAAAAGCUAAAAGCACUGCUUGAUGAAUCUUUGGCUCGGGGCAUUGAUUCAAGUUACCGUCCAUCUCAAAAGGAUGUGGAACCACCCAAAAUUCCAAGCACAAAAACUGUCUCCAUUAAGCAAGAACCCAAAACGUCAUCCAGUCUUCCGUCUGGCAGUAAUAAUGGCAAGGUCCUCACAACUGAAAAAGUAAAGAAGGAAGCUGACAAGAGACCUGCUGAUAAAAUGAAAUCAGACAUCACUGAAGGAGUUGACGUUCCGAAGAAACCCAGACUGGAGAAGCCAGAGACGCGAUCCUCUCCCAUUACCGUCCAGACCAGCAAGGAUUUAGCCAUGGCCGACCUUUCCAGUUUUGAAGAGACCAGUGCUGACGAUUUUGCCAUGGAGAUGGGAUUGGCCUGCGUUGUUUGCAGGCAAAUGACUGUGGCGUCUGGUAAUCAAUUAGUUGAAUGUCAGGAGUGCCAUAACCUCUACCACCAAGAUUGCCACAAGCCCCAGGUGACGGACAAGGAAGUGAAUGACCCUCGCCUGGUGUGGUAUUGUGCCCGGUGCACCAGACAAAUGAAGAGAAUGGCACAAAAAACUCAGAAACCACCACAGAAACCAGCCCCUACAGUUGUUUCUGUAGCUCCAGCUGUCAAAGAUCCAUUGGUGAAGAAACCAGAAACUAAACUCAAACAAGAGACCACUUUUCUAGCAUUUAAAAGAACGGAAGUUAAGCCUUCCACGGUUAUUUCAGGAAAUUCUUCUAGUACCAGUGUUUCCUCUUCAGUAACCAGCGGCCUCACUGGAUGGGCAGCUUUUGCAGCCAAGACUUCCUCUGCUGGCCCCUCGACAGCGAAAUUGAGUUCAACAGCACAAAACAGCACCGGGAAACCCGCUACCUCGUCAGCGAACCAGAAGCCCGUGGGUUUAACUAGUCUGGCAGCGUCAUCCAAAGGUGGACUGGGUUCCAAAAUAGGUUCCGGUAACAGCACCAGUCCCACUGUGCCGCUGAAACCACUUCCACCCCUAACCCUGGGCAAAACUGGCCUUAGUCGCUCCGUGAGCUGUGACAACGUCAGCAAAGUCGGUCUGCCCAGUCCGAGUAGUUUAGUUCCAGGGAGCAGCAGCCAGCUGAGCGGGAAUGGAAACAGCGGGACAUCGGGGCCUAGCGGAAGUGCAGCUGGCAAAGCCACUUCAGACUCUCCCUCCGCUUCCCUCAAAGGCCCAACGUCACAGGAAUCCCAGCUCAACGCGAUGAAGCGGUUGCAGAUGGUCAAGAAGAAAGCCGCCCAGAAGAAACUGAAGAAGUAACACGGCCAAUGUGUGGAAACAAGGAUUAGAAUGACUGAUUCUUGAUGAGCAUUUCAGAAGAUUGAUAGCAUGUGCGAAUUUAAAGAAAAAGAAAUAAUACUUCUUCUAGCAAAGCCCCGAGAGUCGGUCCUGCUGAACGAGGUACCUUCCAGGGUGGUGGAUGUGACCCAGUGUCCAGUCUUCUACUUCCCUCCCCACGCUCUGGGCGCUCCCUGUCAUUCCCAGCCUCGUUUCACCUGACUCUGCUACUCCCGCUAGAUGGCAUCUCCUUUUUCAAAAUUAAUUUCUUAUAAUUGAUUCCUCAUAGUGAUAACGUUCAUAAUUGAUUUCUCAUCCCGUUUGUAGCACUGUUUUUAUUACCUCAUAUCAGUUAUUUUGGGAUUUAUCUCUUCCAGUAGACUGUGAACUCUCGUACCCUGUAAUACAGUAUUUUUCUCACGUUGCCCACCUUUCCCGCCAUCGCCAGUGUAGUAUGUGCACAUAGUGUACACUCAGCAAGGGUUGAAUCUUGACUCACCCUGGUUAUGCACAUUCCUGAGAACUCUUGAGAAAAAUACCCAUUCCCAGGAGACUGUGUGGAUGGAAAUUUAUGGCUUGUUCACACAUUGACACCUUCUUCCUAUUCAGAAAGGACAUUUUCU